GAUUAUGAGGAUUUAUGUUGACGUGGAGGGAUUAAAGGACCAGAGGGGGGAAAGCUAGGGAUGUAGGACGCUGUCAUCUUGGCGCUGUAGUUGGAAGAAGACUGCGCAGCAUCCCGCGGUAAAAGCCAUGAGUCAGUUUCGGGUGUUAGUGGGGGUCCUGAGGGGCGGCCGGGCCGGACGGAGCCAGUUGCAGCGGGGAUGUGGAGGCGCCCUGGCCAGGCUCCGGGUUGAUCCCAGUAGAAGCUGCUCCUCCAGGACUGAGCCCCUCCUCCCAGCAGUGGUCAGCAGCUCCAACUAUGUGGAGGAGAUGUACUUUGCCUGGCUGGAGGACCAUAAAAACGUCCAUGAAUCCUGGGAUGGAUUCUUCCGCAACAUCCAGGCGUCCAGUCCAUCUGGCGAGGCAGAUGAGACACCUCCCUCCGCUCUUCUACAGGGCCGAGUGCUGUCCCACUCUCCAGACCUGGCACAGAAAGUGGUGGAGGACCACCUGGCUGUGCACUCUCUCAUUAGAGCCUACCAGAUUCGUGGUCACCAUGUUGCCCAGUUGGACCCGCUGGGAAUCCUUGAUGCUGACUUGGACUCUUUUGUUCCCUCUGAUCUCAUUACAACCAUUGACAAAUUAGGCUUCUAUGGUCUUGAUGAGUCUGACUUGGAUAGAAGUUUCCAGCUGCCCCCCACCAGCUUUAUUGGUGGGCAACACACUACCCUUCCCCUCAAAGAAAUCAUACGCAGACUAGAGACAUCCUAUUGUGGUCACAUUGGGGUUGAGUUUAUGUUUAUUAACAAUGUGGACCAGUGUCAGUGGAUCCGUCAGAGGUUUGAGACCCCUGGAAUCAUGCAGUUCACCAAUGCUGAGAAGAGGACGCUGCUCGCCCGCCUGAUCAGAUCAACACGGUUUGAGGAUUUUUUGGCCAGAAAAUGGUCCUCAGAGAAACGAUUCGGCCUGGAGGGUUGUGAAGUUCUCAUCCCUGCUCUUAAAACUAUCAUCGACACAUCGAGUGCUGCAGGCAUCGAUAGUGUGAUCAUGGGGAUGCCCCAUCGUGGGAGGCUUAAUGUCUUGGCCAAUGUGAUUCGCAAAGACCUCGACCAGAUUUUCUGUCAGUUUGACCCCAAACUAGAGGCUGCUGAUGAGGGUUCAGGUGAUGUCAAAUACCACCUUGGAAUGUGCCACGAGAGGAUUAACCGUGGGACAGAUAAGAGCAUCACUCUGUCCCUCAUGGCAAACCCCUCCCACCUGGAGGCAGUUGAUCCAGUGGUCCAGGGUAAGACCAAAGCUGAGCAGUUCUACAGAGGGGAUACUCAGGGAAAGAAGGUGAUGUCCAUCUUGAUGCAUGGAGACGCUGCUUUUGCCGGACAAGGAAUUGUGUAUGAGACCUUUCACCUGAGCGAGCUUCCCUCUUACACCACAUAUGGUACAAUCCAUGUGGUGGUCAAUAACCAGAUUGGCUUCACUACAGAUCCCCGAGUGGCCCGCUCCUCUCCUUACCCCACCGAUGUGGCCCGGGUUGUCAAUGCGCCCAUCUUCCACGCCAAUGCAGACGACCCGGAGGCUGUCAUGUACGUGUGUCGAGUGGCUGCAGAAUGGAGGACCACCUUCAACAAGGAUGUCGUCAUUGACUUGGUUUGUUACAGACGUUUCGGCCACAAUGAAAUGGAUGAGCCCAUGUUCACCCAGCCGCUGAUGUACAAGCAGAUCCGUCGGCAAGAGCAUGUACUGAAAAAAUACUCUGACAAGCUGAUUGCAGAUGGAGUGGUGACACUGCAGGAAUUUGAGGAAGAAGUUGCCAAAUAUGACAAGAUAUGUGAGGAGGCAUAUACCAGCUCAAAGGAUGAAAAGAUCAUGCACAUCCGACACUGGCUUGACUCCCCCUGGCCAGAUUUCUUCACAGCUGACGGAGAACCAAAGAGCAUGAGUUCCCCCCCCACAGGACUUGAAGAGGAGGUUCUGCAGCACAUUGGCCAGACCGCAAGCUCAGUGCCACUGGAAGAUUUCAAGAUCCACCCUGGUGUGUCUCGUAUCCUCCGUGGUCGAGCGGAUCUGGUGAAGAAUCGUCUGAUGGACUGGGCUCUGGGAGAAUACAUGGCCUUUGGCUCGCUUCUCAAAGAAGGCAUACAUGUAAGACUCAGUGGUCAAGACGUCGAAAGAGGAACCUUUAGUCACCGUCACCAUAUUCUUCAUGAUCAAGAGGUGGACAAACGUACCUGUGUUCCUAUGAACCACCUGUGGGCCAACCAGGCUCCUUACACUGUGUGCAACAGCUCCUUAUCAGAGUAUGGAGUUUUAGGUUUUGAGCUUGGAUUUGCCAUGGCCAAUCCAAAUGCCCUAAUACUAUGGGAGGCCCAAUUUGGAGACUUCCACAACACAGCUCAGUGCAUCAUCGACCAGUUCAUCAGCUCGGGCCAGGCCAAGUGGGUUCGCAACAAUGGCAUUGUCCUACUCCUCCCCCACGGAAUGGAGGGAAUGGGUCCAGAGCAUUCCUCAGCUCGGCCUGAACGCUUCCUGCAGAUGAGUAAAGACGAUCCAGAUCACUUUCCUGAGCUCAGUGGAGAUUUUGAGGUAAAGCAGCUGCAUGACUGUAACUGGAUUGUGGUCAACUGCUCCACGCCUGCUAACUUCUGUCAUGUGCUCAGACGGCAGAUUCUGCUGCCAUUCAGAAAACCGCUAAUUAUUUUCACUCCGAAAUCUCUGCUGAGGCACCCUGAUGCAAGGUCAAGUUUUGAUGACCUCGCAGAAGGCACAAGAUUCAAGAGAUUAAUUCCUGAUAAUGGCCCUGCCAGUCAAAGCCCAGGUCAUGUGAAGAGGGUCAUCUUUUGCACCGGAAAAGUGUUCUAUGAACUGGUGAAAGAGAGGAAACAGCAAGGCCUGGAGAGAAAUGUUGCCAUCGUCAGACUAGAGCAGAUAUCUCCAUUCCCAUUUGACCUGGUCAAAGAGGAGGUAGAGAAAUACACCGAUGCUGAGCUGGUAUGGUGUCAAGAGGAACACAAGAACAUGGGUUAUUAUGAUUAUGUCCGACCACGUUUCCUCACCGUGGUAGCCAACAGGAGGCCCAUUUGGUACGUGGGACGAGACCCUGCAGCUGCACCUGCAACAGGAAACAAGUCCACCCACUUCACUGAGCUGAAGAGGUUUAUGGACGCUGCUUUCAACCUGAACAAUUUCCAAAAUAAGAAUAUCUAAUCUAAAGAUCACUUUUACAGUCCGUUUAGUCAUCUGGUUUAGAGUGGUAGGAUAGUUCACUUACAAUCUCACUCCAGAAGUGAGUUUUGAGGCUGUCACUGAGAAAUUCAAGUGUACUUUAGAUGGAUCCAAUACUUCUAUUCUAAAUAUCCAUAAAGAUUUACUAUGUUUGGAUAGAAUUUUGCAGAACCUACAAGAGGCAUAUCUCACGUACGAAAAUAGUAAUAAUAUUGGAUCACAUCAGUAGGUUUAUUGCCUGCAUUUGCCUGCUACCUUUGCUGUUAGAAAAGGACUGUAUUUAUUGUCACACCUCACUUCACCGGCAGACAUCAGCCAGCUGGCACAGAGACUUCCAGCCAUGUUUUCUUCUUGGGACAUAUUGCUUAGUUUCGUCUGUGGAGGCUCACAGCAAACACAAACAAGCACACAGCUUAGCCUUGGACGCUUUGAGAAGCGUACUGAUGCUUGGUUGUCAUAUUCAAAUCCCCAGGUAUUAACAGAAUUGAUAGUGGUUACCAUUGUGCUUAGGAAGCCCCAUAGGAUUAUACCUCCUGUUGAACUAUGCAGUAACUUACCUUAUAGCUGGAGAUUUAAAGGGAAGUGUUAAAAACAUAAGUAUGCAUAUUUAAAUACUCCAAAAUGUUUUAAUUUAGAUAUUUGAAUAUUUUUAGAAGCUUGUUAAUGGAAUAAAUACUGUCUUAUAUUGAAAAGGGUACAUAAACAUCUGUAGAACUUUGUAGAUUUGC